AUGGCCACUGUUUUAGUCAGGGACCAGAAGUACCUCGAUGUAUCCGAGUCUGAGAUCUCUGUUGACUCGGUGCCACCACUUGGAGCGCCUGCCAGUGUUUUUGAUGAUCCUAAAACUGCCGAGCAAUACCAGCCGCGAUCAGACUGGGAAAACCUCAGUCGCUUUGAUCCCCUUGCACGAUGGACCUGGGGGGAAGAAAAGCAAUUGGUCCGCAAAGUCGACAUCAAAAUUAUGAUCUGGGCAUGUACCAUGUUCAUGGCCCUGGAGUUGGACAGAGCCAACAUUUCCCAAGCCUUGACGGACAACCUCCUAGGCGACUUGGGCUUGACGACCAAUGUGAUUGGUUAUAAUGCUACAGACUUUAACCUUGGAAACACGGUAUUCAAGCUCUCGUUCCUCUGCGCUGAGCUGCCAUCGCAGCUUGUCUCUAAAUGGAUGGGUCCUGAUCGUUGGAUCCCGACCCAAAUGUGCCUCUGGAGUAUUGUUGCGGCGGCGCAGUUCUGGCUAUCAGGCCGCGAAUCAUUUCUCGCCUGUCGUGCAUUUCUUGGAAUUCUACAGGGUGGCUUUAUCCCUGAUGUGAUUCUGUACCUCUCAUACUUUUACAAGCACCACGAGCUUUCGAUUCGUCUAGGGUUCUUUUGGACCAUGAUGAGCGUCGCCGACAUCAUCUCGGCGCUUCUUGCGGCUGCCUUGUUGGAGAUGCGAGGUAUCAACGAUCACGCUGGUUGGCGAUGGCUGUUCCUCAUUGAGGGACUCAUCACUCUGAUCUUCGGCCUCCUCGCCUAUGGUCUCAUGCCCCCGGGCCCAAUCCAAACUGCCAAUUGGUUCCGUGGAAAGACAGGCUGGUUCACCGAGAGAGAAGAAGUCAUCAUGGUCAACCGCAUCAUCCGCGAAGAUCCCACCAAGAGCACAAUGCACAACCGGCAGCCCAUUACAUUCAAACUGCUGUUCCAGAGUCUUAGUGACUACGACCUUUGGCCAUUGUAUCUGCUUGGACUGACUUUCCAGAUCCCUGCCACUCCGGAGGGGCAGUACUUGACUCUGUCGCUCAAGAGCCUCGGCUUCAACACGCUUCAGUCCAAUCUCUUAAGCAUUCCAUAUACUGUAUUUCAUAUCAUUACCAUGUUGAUCCUCACUUAUGCAGCCGAGUAUGUGAAGAACCUGACUCUCAUGGGAAUAAUUGGUCAGAUUUGGAUCUUGCCUUGUCUUAUUUGGUUCAAUGUCGCCAAUACCCAAACAGCUAGCCGUUGGACUGUCUAUGCCGUCACCACUGUGCUGCUGUCCUAUCCAAAUGCCCAUCCUAUCCAGGUAGCUUGGAACUCUCGCAACUCGAAUAGUGUACGCUCUCGAACCGUAUCGGCCGCCUGUUACAACAUGUUUUGUCAAGCUGGCGGUAUUAUCGCUUCCAACAUCUAUCGCAAGGAUGAUGCUCCUAAAUACCACCGUGGUAAUCGACAGUUGCUUGCUAUUCUUAUUAUGAAUAUUGUCCUUUAUGUCCUGGUAAAGGCUUACUAUAUCCUCCGUAAUAAGUCACGCGAUAAGAAAUGGAAUGAUAUGACUGAGUCGGAGAGGUUGAAAUAUCUUGACACUACCAAGGAUGAAGGCAACAGAAGACUGGAUUUUAGAUUCGCUCAUUAA